AAAGUGCGCAGCAAGGUGGGGCGCAAGCUACCGCCGCCGUCCAACGAGACCAAGACCACCGUCAAGGCCAAGACGAUCGUGCUGCCGGGGCAGAAGCUGCUGGACGACCGGUCGCAGGCGGCGGUGUCACAGAGGGGCCACACGCUGCCGGAGCUGCUCGUGCAGUCCGGCCACUACAGCGACAAGGUUCGGCAAGAGUCGCUCGUUCGCCUACGCGAACUGCUGGCAGCCAAUCCCGACGAGCUGAGGCGCCAUGCUGGCACCAUCCUCGCCAAGCUGGCGCCACGCAUUGCUGACGUGGACAAUAAGACGAGAGACUCCCUCCUGCUGCUGAUGCGUUCCGUGCUCUUCCCAACCAUGCAGCCCGAGGAGCGCAUGGCGCCAUUCUUCACGCUGCUGAUGGGCCACGUGGGCUGUGCCAUGACCCACGUGGCGCCGGACAUCCGCCAUGCCGCGCUGCCAUUCCUCUCAGCGCUGCUCGCCCACUACCCCUCGCUCUUCCGCGCCUCCUCCACCGCCCAGGUGGUGGCACAUUUCAGUGACAUGCUCGCCCUCGCGUCGCCCUCUGCGCGCUCCUUCCCCUCCCUCGCCACCACGCUCUCCGCCCUCACCUCCUUCCUCUCCACCGCCUUCCCCCACUCCUCCCCCUCAUCCUCCCCCUCCGCCUCCUCCCCCACCGUCCCAUCCCCCUCCUUCACCUCCUCGCCCUCCCUCACACCGCCUGGCUCCGCGCUCCCUCUGCCCACCUCCCCCUUCACGCACCCACUCCCCACUCUCUCCGCCACAUCCCCCCCUUCCCCCUCCGCCUCCGCCCCCUCCCCCCCCUCCGCCUGCGCGCCCCCAGGGGAGUACAGCUGGCGCCUGGGCGUGCGCCUGCAGCGCGCCCCUCUCCUCUCCGCCCUCCCCCCUGGGGCAGGCAUAGCAGCAGCGCUCAUCCCGCCUGUGCUUGCAGCGGUCACAGAGUGCCUUCCCCUUGUCUCCGCGCCUUCCCCCCACCUGCCCGCUCUCGCCUGCCUGCACUCCGCCCUCUCCGCCCUCCACUCCCUCCUCUCCCUCCACCCCCCCUCCCCCGCGGCCCUCCUCUCUUCCUCAGCCCCUUCCAACUCCUCCUUCCCCUCCUCCCCUUCGCCCCUGCUCUCGGGAUUCACGCCUACCAACUCUGCCGGGUGCCAGUCAUUUUCCUCCAUCUUUCCGCACAUGCCUGAAGCUGCUGCAGGCGCAGCACAGCCAGCUCAGCAGCAACAAUCCCAGCCGCACCAACAUCAGAAUCACCAGCACCAGCAGCAGCAGCAGCAGCAGCAGCAGGGCGGGUACGGGGACGCGCUGUCACGGGUGCUGCACAAGCUGGGCACGGCCUUCCCUCUGCACGCCCCUGCUGGCCUCGCUGCUGGUCGUGCCAAGGGCACCAAAGGCAGCAGCGGUACCGCCGGUGGGGCAGCAGCAGCAGCAGGAGGAGGGCAGCAGAGGGAGGUGGGCGAACAGCUGGCGCUGCUCAACGUGCUGCUCGCUGAAUGCCUCUCUCUCUUUCUCCCUGCCUCCGCUGCCGCUGCUGCUGCUGCUGCUGCUGCUGAUGGGUCCGGUGCAGCUGGUGCUGGUGGGAGGGGUAUGGGGAAGAGGCGGAGGGGUGUGCAAGGGGAGGGGGGAAAGGGGACGCUGGGGGCUGGCGGAGGGGAUGUGCGGGGGGAAAGGGGGACAGGGAGGGGAGCGGUGAGGGGAGACGCGCGGAGGAAGUUACUGGAAGGGAGCAGAUUUGUGAUUCGGAUGAGCGGGGGACGAGGGGAGGGGGGGGGAGGGGGGAGGGGAAGCGGGAGCGAGAGAAGCAAAAGGAAGAAUGGUGAACGUGAGGGCGAGCGGAGGAGAGGAGAUAGGGGCGAUGUCGAGGAAGCAGAGGAGGGUGGGGAGGAAGGGGGGGAAGAGGGGGAGAAUGAGGAGGAGGAGGAGGAGGAGGAGGAGGAGGAGGAGGAGGAGGAGGAGGAGGAGGAGGAGGAGGAGGAGGAGGAGGAGGAGGAGGAGGCGAAGAGGGAGGAGGCGAGGGAGGAGGCGUGGGUGGGGCGGCUGUAUGAGUUCAUGGAAGGCGCGAUGGAGGGCAAGAAUGCAUUCGCACAGAGCACCGGGCGAUUCGAGGUGGGCAGGGCUGCAAAUGGUUCUCUUCGCCCUGUCCUUCCCCCUCCCCGCUUCUCUCUCGCCUCAAAGCCCAUCCCUUUCCUCUCUCUGCAUCUUCCCCCUAUCCUUUCCUUCCCCUUGCAGCUGCUUCCUGCUCCCACCGCUGCGCCAAUCCUAUCACGCCACGUCAGCGAGUCCCUUAUCCGCCGCCUCCUCCCUCUCCUGCCGACCCUCCUCCAUUACGCCCCCUCGGCCGCCCGCUGCGCCUCGCUGCUGGGCGGCUUCUCUCGUCUCUUCUCCGUGUCGCCCGCCCGCAGCGCCACCCGGGCUGCCUGCCUGGAUGUGAUGUUUGGGCUGCUGCAGCAACAGGCGGUGGGGGGGGAGGGGGGCUUAGGGGGGAAGGGUGGGGAAGGGAGCGAGGAGGGGGGAGAGGGGAAGAAGGCGAAGAGAAAGGAAGGGAGGCGAGGAGGGGCGAGGGGGGCGGAAGGAUUGCCGGAGAAGGUGGUUGCUGAUUGGCUGACAGCUCUUCCCAGACUGCUCUGGGACAUCGGGGCCUCCCAUCCUGCCACGUCACUGACGGUGCUGCGCCUCUUCUUCCGCAUCGCCUCCAUCUCUCCACAAUCACCGCCCUCCCCCUCCUCCUCCGCCCCACCCUCCUCGUCGUCGCUAUCGGAGCACAUCAGCAGUGUGCAGCCGCUGCUCGUGCCCUUCUUUGCCGCCUCCAUUGCUGCUCGCCCUGCCGCACCAGCCACACCAGCCCCAUCACCCGCAGCAGCAGCGCCAGCAGUCGAAACAGCGGCGGCGGAGGAGGCAGCAGCGGGGCAUCGGCUGGUGGUGGGGCCGUUCCUGCUGCUGCCAGCGCCCCUGCAGGCGCUCUCGCUGGACCUGCUGCUCUGCUUCCCCCGCCUCUCCCUCCCCCUCCUGCAGUCCCUCGCCGUCUGCUGCAUCGCCUCCCACUCGUUACACUCACACUUGUCGGAGUCACAAACCCAGCAAGAGCAGCAGCAGCACAAGGGGCAAGGCAUGGAGCAGGACGCGUCUGAAGCAGCAGCAGCAGCACUGCUGCUGCCACGUGGCAUGCGGUGGUUGGCGGGGAGGGCAGUGGAGGUGGUGGGGGCGGCGCACAGGAGGGGUGCAGUGGGCUUGCCAGAGUACCUUGGCUUCCUCGUCUCGCUGCUGCUCUCCCGCACUCGCACCCACUCCCACCCCGACAUCACCGCCGCGUUCCAAGGGCGAGUGAGGCGGCACGAGGAGGCGGAGAGGCAGCACCACCAGUGGCACAGCCACACCCACGCGGGUCAGGCGGAGCCCAAGGGGGAAUUGAAGAGCUCUCCACUGUCGGAUCUUCCUCAGAGCAAGUCAGCGGGGUCGAGACGGUUCCUGGAAGAUUCUUCGGGGUUGUGUGGCGAGAUAUGGGAGCGGGAGCCGGCAGUGGGGGCGGUGUGUGCCGCUCUCGUGCACGUGCCCGUGGGGGUUGGAGUGGGGGGCGCGGUGGGGGGCAGUGUGGGGGGUGGAGGGGGCGUGGGGGGCCAGGCAGGGGCGUUGAUGGACGGAGCAGCAGUGUUGGACCUCGUCUCACAGCCGCUGGCUGCUGCCCUCGUGAGUGCUUGCUUGCUACCCGCCCUGGUGAGUGCUGCCGCCGUGUGCCGUGCUGGGUGCGGGGCUGCUGCUUCCACGUGCACGCGUCUGCUGUGCCUGUCACUGCAUGCCCCUUCCCAUGCCUUGCCUUCCCUUGCCCCUCCACCGCCCCUCCACCGCCCGUCCAGCGAGCACUUCCUCCUGUGCUCAUGUGCUCCGCCACUUGACCCGUCCACCAGGUUUGAAGAGGCUUCACCGUUUCGCUGUCCCAAACCCUAUCUCCUACUCUCCACUCACAUUGAUUCCAUCCCCAUCCCCAUCCUCCCCUCCCCUCAUUCCGCCCCCUCCCGCAAUUCUCCCUCGUCCCCCCCUUUUCCCUCCCUCCCACGCCUUGUGCCCCCCACAGAGCGACCCCUCCACCUCCGCGCCAUGCCUAGCGACUCCUCCACCUCCCCGCCAUGCCUCUACGGCAUCUUCCGUGCCGUCGCUGCCUGCUCCCGCCGCGCCCACCUGCACCCCUUUCCCGCCCCGCUCGGAACCAUGCACGGUGGGGCGGAGGGAGGAGGUGGGGGAGAGAUAGGAGGGAGUAUAGAAGGAGACAAAAGGAAGGCUGCAGCGACAGUAGAGGCUGCAGACGAGUCAAUCUCAGCCACAGCAGCAGCAGACAGCAUUGAGGAGUGUGAAGAAAGGGCACGGCCAUUACCAUCACCAUCAGCAUCAGCAUCACCAUUGGCAUGUGCGCCGUCACAAGCACACGGGUCAACGCCACGCCAGGCGACCACGUGUGUGCCGCCGUGCCUGUCAGCGCUGCUGCCAGCCAGCCUUGCUCGCUUCUGCUGCCGCCUGCUUCAGCACCUUUCCACUCUCUACCCCUCGCCCGCUCCCCUCGCGCCUGCCCUCUCCACCGCCCCCCCCCUCACUGGCGCCCACGAGGGCUUGAGCAUCUCUCCACUUUCUCCCCCUCGCCUGUGCCCACGAGGACGUCGGCUGCGUGCGUGCCCCUGGCUGGUACCUGGACUGCGCCUGCUCGCCCUCACCCACUUUCUCCUAACCUUGUUUCCUCACCCGCAACCCCGUACAGGAGCAUCUAUCCAUGCUCUCCACCUCCCCCACCCCAUCCCGCCCACGGGGCAAUCUAUGCUGCGCGUGUGCUUCUGGGUGGUGCCCUCCCUGCGCCUGCUCGCCCUGACCCACUUUCUCCUAACCUUGUUUCCUCACCUGCACCCCGUUACAGGAGCAUCUUUCUACGCUCUCCGCCUCACCCCCCACUUCACCCUCGCCCACGAGAACAUCUCUGCUGCGCGCGUGCCCCUGGCUGGUGCCAGCGCUGCGCCUGCUCGCCCUGCACCCUUUCCUGCUCGCGCCCUUCCUCCACCUCCUCCUGCCGACCGAGCAGCAAGAGCACGGCGCAGGGGCAGAGGGCGCGGAGACAGAAGGCACAGGAGCCGGGGUGCAAGCAAGGGCAGGCGUGGUGUGUGUGGCGGUGCUGUGGGACCCGUUGGAGCCCCCGCUGCUGCUGCUGGGGGCGGCAGACAGGCAGCGACUCACAGCUGGCCUGUCAGGGCUGAUGCACGAGGUGCAAGCAGCAGCAGGGGGGGGCUCCUCGGUGGGGUGGUGCGAGGCGCUGCUCUCCCAGGCACGCUCACAUUCACACUCUUUCCACCCGCAUGUCCCUCCACACAUCCUCCCUCCCCCGCACAGCACCGCACAGCAGCGCUCUACAGCGCGUCGGACGGUGACGUGAACGAGAGGAGGAGAGCCGCGGUGAGCGAGAGCGCCAAGAGCGGGAGCAGCGGGAGCGCGCGGCUCGCUGCAGCGGCGCGGGUGGUCGCCAUGGUAGCGGCGGCGGUCGUGGCGGAGGUGGCGGGUGGAGAGUCAAGCCGGAGAAAGGCUGGUGGGCGGUGGUGA